GGGAAGUUAGAACCCUAGCCUCGGCUCACAACUUGCUACAGCAACUCUGGCUCUGAGUCGAAGGCCAUCUCCGUUGGAUCUCACAGCUCGCAGGUAUUCUGUUAAUAUUUGUGAUUAUAGGAUUUUAGUAAUCCGUGCGAUCUGUUUGACGGCAUGAAGAGGUUUUUGGAAUGGAUCAAUUGAUGGUGAAGAUGAGUAUUAUUAUUACAAUCAUGUCUUGAAUGGAGUGGUUCAAGGGAUAAACCAGGGAGGGAUUCUGUUAUCGCACUCAAUACACAUAGUUAGAUUUACAAAUGACGAAAUUAAAUAUAGUAAGAGGGAUACUAGCUACUUCAAGUUAUAUUUGAUCAAGGCACCAACUCAUGGCCUUCAACGCCACAAAUGAUAACACAAAUUUACACAAGAUAAAACUGAGUGCAUACUAAAGAAAGGAACAUUGAUAGCACAAGCAGUGUGCAAGUGCCUCUGCCAUCAUUUCCUCCAUUCUUGAUCGUGUUAGGGUUUGCACAGCCUUGGUGAGAUUGAAAGCCAUCUACGUGUGAGGUGAAAUAAUGGGUGAUCCCCAAAAGCAUAGAAUCCUGAUGGUCUCAGAUUUUUUCUAUCCCAACUUUGGUGGUGUGGAGAAUCAUAUAUAUUAUCUCUCACAAUGCUUGCUCAAGUUAGGCCACAAGGUGGUGAUUGCAACGCAUGCUUACAGAAAUCGAUCUGGGGUCAGGUAUAUGACUGGUGGUUUGAAAGUCUACUAUGUUCCAUGGAGGCCUUUUGUUAUGCAGAACACAUUACCAACCUUCUAUGGAUUACUACCAAUUAUAAGAACUGUUCUUAUUCGAGAGAGAAUUACUGUGGUGCAUGGACAUCAAGCAUUUUCAACAUUUUGUCAUGAAGCUCUAAUGCAUGCAAGAACCAUGGGAUAUAAGGUUGUGUUUACGGAUCAUUCGCUUUAUGGUUUUGCUGAUGUUGGGAGCAUCCACAUGAACAAGGUUUUGCAGUUUACCUUGGCAGAUGUUAGUCAAGCCAUUUGUGUUUCCCAUACAAGCAAGGAGAACACAGUGUUGCGGUCAGGUUUGCCACCAGAGAAGGUUUUUGUAAUACCUAAUGCUGUUGACACUGCCAUGUUCAAGCCAGCAGUGGAUCGUCCCAGUCCAUCGGAAAUAGUUGUUGUUGUUAUUAGUCGAUUGGUUUAUCGGAAGGGAGUUGAUUUGCUAGUUGAAGUCAUUCCAGAAGUAUGCCGAUUACAUCCCAAUGUUCGAUUUAUAAUUGGCGGCGAGGGACCCAAGCGUGUGCGGUUGGAAGAGAUGAGAGAAAGGCAUUCUCUUCAAGAUCGAGUUGAAAUGUUGGGAGCUGUGCAACAUGCACAAGUUCGAUCCGUGCUGAUAUCUGGGCACAUCUUCUUAAACAGUUCCUUAACGGAAGCUUUUUGUAUAGCCAUAUUAGAGGCUGCAAGUUGUGGAUUGUUAACCGUCAGCACACGUGUCGGAGGAGUUCCUGAGGUUUUGCCAGAUGAUAUGAUUGUUUUGGCAGAACCUGAUCCUAGUGAAAUGGUGCUUGCAAUUCAAAAGGCAAUAUUUAGGCUGCCCAAAAUUGAUCCUCAAGUCAUGCAUAAUCGAAUGAAAGAACUCUACAACUGGCAUGAUGUUGCCCAAAGGACUGAAAUUGUAUAUGAUCGUGCUUUGAAGUGCUCCAAUCAAAAUCUACUUGAACGUCUCUCACGAUACCUCUUUUGUGGAGCUUGGGCAGGCAAGCUGUUUUGCUUGGUUAUGAUUGUUGGUUUCUUGUUAUGGCAGCUAUUGGAACAAUGGCAGCCUCCAGAUGAUAUUGAGGAGGUGCCAGAUUUUACUCUUCCACACAACUGUGAUGAAGAAAUGUUGAAAAAUAAAGCAGUGAAAUGAGUAGCGUUAUACAUUAUUUGGGUGAACUGCUGAGUGUUGUUUUGCCAGUAAUCUGAAAUGCUGAAUAUCAUAAGAAUACGGAUGGUGUUCCAUUAGCUGCAUCUCAUCCCAGUUCUCAGAUCUUGACACGGAAAUAAUCAUCAAUUCUUUUUGCAAGCACAUAUAUAUAUGGCUCAAAUUAGAGGCCCAAAGUAUGCCGAUUGCCACAAAGAGAGCUACAAGGUAUGUGCUAAUUUGUUAUUAAUGUUGUAAGCAUUACUUUUGUUGUGUUCAUUUGUUCUGUGAAAUAAAGAUUCAGAAUAAUUUUUUGUACAAGAGAAUCUUUGAUUUUAAUAAACUUUGGUCAUCUAGAAGUAAUUCUAGAGUAAUCCAAAUGAGCAUUAGUUCUUUAUAUGAAAAGAACUUUUUGCCCUCCUUUUCAUGAAAUGAAAAUGAAAAACAAGAUUAGUCAAUAAAAUUUUUGAGAUAUAGUGAAAG